AUGGACCACCAGUCGUCGCAGGACGGCCAGCCGUCGGCUGCUGCUGGCCAGCAGCAGCAGUCUGUUAUAAAUCAACCGCACUCGCCGUCACCAAAUCAGUUUGCGCCGACCGUCGAUUCCAAUCUUGACCUGUCCCGCGACCAGCAAACACAGCAGCAGUUUGCCGCCGACUCGAGCUUCGACUCGUCCUUUGCCGAUAGCUUCAUGACAUCUCAACUCUCCCCGCAGCAGUCGCAUCCAUUCCAGGCCGACGCCGUCAACCCCUCCGCCUUUGACCCCUCCGCCAGCUUCGCUCAGCAAACAGCAUCGGGUGCGAAUAACCUGGCCUUUGCCUCCCAGCCUCAGCAGAGCUUCCUCGCGCACAACCUUGCCGACGGCGACUUCUCCCUCUUCCCGUCCUCCGGAACCCAGGGCGACCAUUUCGGCGCGCCGCUCUUCGAACCCUCAAGCUUCACUCCGGCCGAUCUUAACAACAUGACUUCUCCGCAGUCUCAGCACUCACCCAGCUCAGCGCAGCAUUCGCCUUCCUUCACCCAGCACCACCAAUUCUCCUCGCCCAACGUUCACUCGAGAAACGUUUCUCUUGGUCCCGAGGCAGCUCUCCUACCUGGUCAGAUCAACGAAUGGAGUGGUGCUCAGUUCACCGGCCACCGUCGCGCACCGUCCGAGUACUCCGAUGUGUCUUCUGUCACGCACUCGCCAAACGUGAAUCUGCAUGAUAGUUUCGAUGAUGGGUCUGGUCACUCGCCUUUGCAACGAGCUUCCGAUGGCAGCAUGUACCAGGAAGUGUUGAGCAUUGGCACGUUCAACCUUGGUGAUGGUCGCAGUCCCUCCCAUAGCCCUGCCAUCAGUCCUCGCAUUGGCACUCAACCCCUACCGGAUAUGCAUUACCAACCAUCGGCAAACCCGAAUUUCCACAUCCCCGCCUAUCCUACUAUUCAAGACCCCUCCGGCACCUUUGUUGGUAACAGCCAAGACAUGCCGCAAAUAGCCCCUGCUAUUAACAUCGAUUUCGCACCUGCCAACAAUGCCAAGUUAGUUGGCUUUGAUCCCGCCAAAUCUCGCUUGGACCAAGAUUCAUUGCUUCCACCAGACAGAGGUCGUCCUAAAUCGCGCCCUCGAUCAGUGACAGACCCCUUUCAGCCCGGAGCUGCUGCGAAGCCUAGACCGAGUAGCGUUAAUGCCACACUUGGCUCCAACCUCGCUCCCCGCCAGGAGAUCUCACGAUCGCUCUCACCCGCUGAUCGACAGUCCUCGGCUGCCCGGAGACGACAAUCAACAUCCGCAGUCCCGAAUAACGUUAUUGCCCUGCGCCUGGCUGAUCCUGAGUAUCAAGGUGGCUCGGAAAGUGGAGGGCCGAAGCGAGUGCAGAAGCACCCUGCCACCUUUCAAUGUACUCUGUGCCCAAAACGGUUCACGCGAGCCUACAAUCUGCGCUCUCAUCUGCGAACACACACGGACGAACGUCCCUUUGUCUGCACGGUUUGCGGUAAAGCUUUUGCAAGACAACACGACCGCAAGAGACACGAGAGUCUGCAUUCUGGGGAAAAGAAAUUUGUCUGCAAGGGUGAGCUCAAGGCUAGCGGCCAAUGGGGCUGUGGGCGACGAUUUGCGCGUGCCGAUGCCCUGGGUCGUCAUUUCAGAUCCGAGGCGGGCCGCAUCUGCAUCAAACCAUUGUUGGAUGAAGAAAUGAUUGAGCGUCAACGGCAAUGGCAAGAACAACGCAUGCAGCAAGACAUGGCCAGCAUGGCCGGUCCCGGCAUGGCGAUGGACUAUCCUGUCGACCCCAACGGAAACUACGCCUUACCUGCGGCCCUACUGGCUCAGUACCCGGCACUCGCAGCAAUGAACUGGUCGGCGCAGGAGAUGGGUGGCAUGGACGACGAUCUUAGCGGGCGUUCAUCUUUUGAUGCCAGCGACUACGAUGACGGCGAAGACGGAGGCUACAUGAGUGGCCCGGGUACAGGCUACGGCGAAGGUGGCAUGUCGCAAAAUUUUGGCGAAGUCGGAUAUAGUAGUGACAUGGGAGGGCGUUGA